CUUCCCUAAGUAAACCCACCCUGAUCAUUUCCUUCCCAAUUCCAUUUCUCAAAUUUGCAGAGAAACACACAACAAAAAGAUACCAAAACAUCUCUCCCUCCACAAGUAAAUUCUUUUCCCUGAUUUAGCAAAAAAAAAAAAAAAGAAUUCUUUUCCCUUUUUGCCAAGCCCUUUCUUUCUUUGUUCGUGCUCUUGCUUCCCUCCGCACAUCCGCGAUUCGUUUCUAGAACCUUCUCGAAGCUCCGAGACGACAACAACAACAACAAGAGCCACCGCCAUGGAUUGGAGCAACGUGACGGCGGAGGAUCUGAUCGAUGCCCUCCGCGAGGUCGACUGGUCGUCGCCGCCGCGUCCCCUCUCCGAAUUCUUCUCCAGAUUCACCUUUCCCAGAUCCUACUCCAAAUGGAAUAGCCGCCUCAAAUGCAAUAUCUACUAUUACCGGACGAACUACUUCAUCAUGAUCAUUUUCAUUCUUGGGUUGGGAUUUCUUUGGAGGCCGCUGGCUCUUUUGGCCGCUUUCCUGACGGCUCUUAGUAUUGCUUUUCUGAAUGACAGCUUUGCAGGUACUUUUAAUGAGAAGGUAACAAGAACUGUGAGGCAGUUCUCACCACAUUUAGCUGCAAAGAUGAGGCCUCCUCUUACGCCUGUUAUUCGUGGACGUCCAUCAGCUAAAAGAUCAAUAUACAUAUGUGGUCGCCCUCGCUGGGUGUUUGUUUUGAUAGUCUCAUCUGUGAGUUUCAUUCUAUGGUUUGUUUCUGCUGGUCUGUUGACUGUUCUAUGGGCAUUGGCUAUUGGACUUCUUGCUACCAUACUGCACGCAAGCGUCAGAACACCAAACUUGAAAGCUCGUCUGAAUACAUUUCGAGAGGAAUUCCGUGCAGUAUGGCGCAAUUACAGUGAUCUGUAGCUUACCUAGAGUUUCUACAAAGGAUUAAGUGAUCGUUGUGGCUCAUACAAGUUAAUCUGAGUUUGGGCUAGACUACUGCUGUUGCUUCUUCUGCGUAAUAAUGUCGUAUUCAGGUCAACAUUGCUUAGCUUUGUGGAUCCCGGAAGGGUUGUAAAUUGUAAUGAACCCUUUUUUGUUCUGUAAAGCAAAUUGUUUACUAUUUAUCUUCCAUAUUCAUUAGAAAUUUGGGAGAAUUUCUAUAAGCAAUAGUUGCUAACAAAUUUUAGAAUGUGCUCUUUGUACCAUUUUCGGUGGUUAUAGAAUUUUCUGUUGUCGCUUUUAA